GUCCGUCGCGCGCGUGACGUCACGGAUCUGCGCGGGUGGUGGCGCCGAGAGCGGGGUGAGGCGCGGUGUCCGGCCCGGCGAGAGCCGCCACAGGUACUGCGGGGGCUGGGCGAGGAUGAAGAUGAAGUUGCGGAUGCGGACGCUGCCAGAGCAGAUACUUUUCAGGUUCCCACAUGGAACCAGGGACCCAGACUGCAACAGCUGUAACCUGACAAUUUGAUUUGAAAUGGAGAGCAUUACGCAGUUGUUUGGUGAUUUGUGUGAAGCACAUUUGGCUGGUUUGCCAUGGAAGGUCCACCUGGGCAGACGGAAGAUCAGCAAGAGAAGGGCUAAGCAGAAUCUGAAGAAGGUUGCUUAUAAUGCAUUGUUCAUAAACCUAUUUCAAGAUGAGGCUCGUCAGCUGCGAUCAAAUGUUUCCAGGCUUCCAGUGAAAAACAAAAUUUUGAUGCUGUCUUUCGACUUGAGAGUUGGUGGCCUAGGUGCUCAAGCGGAUAGACUGGAGAAUCUUGUGGAGGAACUGGAAACAUCUGAAUGCUUACCAUUUACUGAAGUUGAUUCUGUCUUGGAUCUCUUAGUACACCUUGCUGGAACGGGUCCUCCCCAGCUUGUACCACAAAAAAAGGACUAUUUUGAGAACAACAAAUAUGUGGGGAGAAAUGUCAAAUAUCAAGGUUAUGAUUAUUAUGAUGUCAGUGUAUUUGAAGCUGAUAUACAGUCUCUAAUAACAAAUGAAGAAUGUCAGUUCAACGACACCAUUCAAAAGACACUUCAGAUAAUGGAGGCUGCACCUGGCACUGGACUCCCUGCUAUAGGCUUAUUCUCACAGAACUAUCCUGCUGGUGACAAGUUUGAGAAAGAAACGCGUGUCUCGCUCUUCGGUGCUCUUGUCCGUAGCCGUACGUAUGACAUGGACAUCAAGUUGGAUUUACCACCAGUGCCCGACAAUGCAGAUUUGUCUGGACUUGCAAUUAAAGUUCCCCAGAGUAUAGACCAAUCAGAAGAUGAGGGAUUCCAGUCAGCAUCCAAUCUGACUCCCGAUUCUCAGUCAGAGCCAAGCAUGACUCCAGACGUAGACUUGUGGGAUGCAGUGCUAACGUAUGAACCCAGCAAACGAAGAUGCUGGGAAAGAAUUGGAUACCCACCUGGUAAAAAAGACGAACCGUACCUUACUGAAGCUGGGAGAGAAGCUUUUGACAGAUUUUACCAACUGCGGGAAGGGGAACUGCAGCGAUUCAGUAAUACUGUACUUGAGCUUCCACAGCUUGUGCUACUGAAAGAACCUGAACUGGUUAAGGAUGUCCUGAAUGUCCUCAUUGGUGUGGUAUCCGCUACAUUUUCACUCAAUCAAGCUGCUCAGGCAUUUGUGAUAAAGGAGGGGGUCUAUGUAUCUGGAACUUCACCAGAGACAAUGCACAGCCUGCUCUCAGAAGUUGCAGAGUAUGGAACCUAUUACACACGACUAAGUCGCUUUUCUCUUCAGCCGGUUUUAGAUUCUUCUUAUAGCAAAGGACUCGUGUUUCAGGCAUUCACGAGUGGGCUGAGAAAGUAUCUUCAAUAUUACCGAGCCUGUGUUUUGUCAACACCUCCUACUUUAAGUCUUCUGACGAUCAGCUUUCUCUUCAGAAAAUUAGGUCGUCAGUUGAGGUAUUUAGCUGAACUUUGUGGCAUAGGAACAGCAGUGCUGGGGAUCAGCGGUGGAGCUGGUGCUUCAUUUCCUACGGGUGUUAAAUUGCUUUCCUAUCUGUACAAAGAGGCUCUCAACAACUGUAGUAACGAGCAUUAUCCAGUUCUUCUGUCUUUGUUGAAGACGAGCUGUGAACCAUACACAAGGUUUAUUUAUGAUUGGGUCUACAGCGGUGUAUUCAGAGAUGUUUAUGGAGAAUUUAUGAUCCAGGUGAACGAGGAUUAUCUUUGUUUCAGAGAUAAGCAUUACUGGACUCAUGGCUAUGUUUUGAUUUCAAAAGAAGUAGAAGAUUGCGUCCCUGUGUUCCUUAAACAUAUCGCUAAUGAUGUAUACAUAUGCGGGAAGACCAUAAACUUAUUGAAAUUGUGCUGUCCUAGGCAUUAUAUAUGUUGGUCGGAUAUACCUGUUCCCCGGAUUUCAGUUAGUUUUUCACUUGAGGAGCUGAAAGAAAUAGAGAGAGAUUGUGCAGUAUACGUAGGUCGAAUGGAGAGAAUUGCCCGAUACAGUUCUGUAAGCAAGGAGGAAAAGGAUUUGCGUAUGGAGAUAGCCAAACAAGAAUUAAUUGUUCAUGCUCGAGAAACUGCUAGCAAAGUACUAAAAGCCAUUACUGAUCAACAAAUAUCAGAACGAAUGGCUUUGGAUGCAAAGAAACGGGAGCAGUUCCAGAGACUGAAAGAGCAAUUUGCUAAAGACCAAGAGCGUCGCCUUGCAAUAAAGCAAGAGGAGAUUGAUGAUGAUUUCAGCUAUGCCCGAGAACUGAGAGAGAGAGAAAAAAGACUGAAAGCUUUAGAAGAAGAACUGGGAAAAAAGGCAAGGCAGGAAUUAAUUGACCAUUAUAGCAAGCUUUCUGAUGAUGCAGCCCGCAGAGAACAAAGAGCAUUAUGGAAAAUCCAGCGACACAAGUUGGAAACAGCCCGUCUUAAGUUUCUAUUAGAAGAUCAAAAACGCAUCGAGGAAAUGCUUGAAAAACUUCCAGAUGGAAACUACAGGCAAAAGUUAGAUAUUAUUCCUUAUAAACUGUGCCAGUCUGCUUCGGACAAAAACCCUGGUGUGAAGGAUCCACAUUCACAGGUGUCUUCUGUGAAACCUCUGUGUUCUAGUGAGACAGUUGGCAGAAAAGAAUCUGAGCCUGGACUGGAAUAUGCUACUUCUGCUGACAAAGCACUGCCCGUGCCAGAGCUGACAAAUAAUGAUGCUGAUCAGCUUUUUCAGCCUAAAGCAGCAGGAUCUGAAAGCAGUCUCCAAACUUCAGAGAAAGCACACAGUCUUCUGUACAGUGCUGAUUCCUCACCUGAAUCUGAUGUGAAUAUGGAAGAUUUCUCAUCAAAGCCACAAGAGGAACAACCUGUUUCCAUUAGCAUACAGGGAUCUUUGCUAGAUGAAGCAUUCCAAAAUAUUAACUCUGAUCUCUCUGAGAAUUCUCAAGUAAGUGAAAAUCAGCCUGUCUUGAGAGGAGCACUGGUAGGAGAAGACAAUGCACCAUUGCAUCAGCAAAGCGAGUAUGAUUUUGAAACAGUUCUCAGACCAUCUGCAGCUUGGCAGGGACAUGUUAGAGUUGGGGAAAAUGUAUUUGAUGUGGAGUACAGAAGGCCUCGGUGGAAUAUUCAUGGACAUGCAUCAGAUGCCAGCAUUAGAGUGGGAGAAUACGUACCUCAUGUAGGCAUUUACCCGCCACGUUCAAGUCCUUACGGACAUUCUUCAGACUCUCAUAUAAAAAUCAGCUAUACUUCUGAAGGUGUAUCUAGCCGACCCCGAUGGAAUGUUCAUGGGCAUGUUUCUGAUGCUCAUAUUAAAAUAGGGGAAUAUGCUUCAGAGGUAGAGCCCUCGAGGCCUAGAUGGAACAUUCAUGGCCAUGCUUCAGAAGCCAAUAUUAAGAUUGGAGAAUACGUGUCAGAUGUAGCUCCUACAAGGCCCCGAUGGAACAUCCAUGGUCAUGCUUCUGACACCAGUAUCAAAAUUGGUGAAAAUGUGUCAGAGGUGGUCUCAGCUAGACCUCGUUGGAACAUCCAUGGGCAUGCUUCACAGUCGCACAUUAAAAUUGGAGAACUGGUUUCAGAUACAGAGCCUUUGAAAUCUCGUUGGAGCCUGUUUGGUCACAUGUCCCAGUCGAGCAUCGAAAUAGGGAAGUGGGCCCCGUCUACAGAAGACGAUCCAGUACCUCAUCGUAAAACCAUUUCAGGUCCUUCGUCUGACUCCACAGUUCAGACACUUCUGUACGGUGAUCAGUUAUCUCCUGCUGAAGGGAGCAGAAAGGAAGCAAAAGUGUCAGGAGUUAAGGAAAAGACUUUACCACAUUCACAGGCAUCUGACAGUGUUACAGUCUUUCCUGAUGCUAAUAUUAAAGAUGACAAAAAAGAAAGUACAAUGGAAGAGAAACAAGAAGUAACUGCAGAUGUGGUCAACAAGGACAUUUCUCCAGAUUCCUCACAGAGCUUAGAGGCAGAAGAACCUGAAAAAGCAAUUCCACAAGAUACUGUGCCUCAAGAAACUCUGUUUUCUGAAGCUAGUGUACCCAAGACUAAUGCGGAGGAAGCGGGAGGGGAAGGUCCACAGAAGAAAGAACAAUCUUAUUUGAAAGCCUUAUCGGAUCAGUAUUGCAUUGAAAAAUAUCAAGAUAGUUAUGAUCUGAUGUCAGAACUACCAGUUUCUCAUCUCUUGCAUCAUGUGAUACCAAGAUCAUACACUUUUCCUGUGGAUCCUAUGGUACAGUCAGCAACAGAUGAAACGGCUGUACAGCUGAGUGAGCUCUUAUCUCUGCCGGUGCUGAUGAAACGUUCUGUUACUGCUCCGCUUGUAUCUCAUGUUUCUCUUGUGAACAAAGCAAUAGUUGAUUACUACUUUGUGGAACUGAAUGUAGAGAAGCAUUUUGAAGCACUGAGACACUUUUUGUUAAUGGAAGAUGGGGAGUUUGCUCAGUCGCUCAGUGACCUGUUAUUUGAAAAGCUUGGAUCAGGACAAACACCCGGUGAACUGUUGAAUCCACUGGUUCUUAAUUCUAUCCUAAAUAAAGCCUUACAGUACAGUCUUCAUGGUGACACCCAGCUUGCUUCCAAUCUUUCUUUUGCCCUCAAGUACCUUCCGGAAGUGUUCAAACCCAACGCGCCUGAUGCUCUGAGUUGCUUAGAGCUAAGGUACAAGGUUGACUGGCCUCUGAACAUUGUCAUUACUGAAUGCUGCAUGAAUAAGUACAACAAGAUCUUCUCCUUUUUGCUUCAGCUGAAGCACAUGGUGUGGACUCUCAAGGAUGUUUGGUUUCACUUAAAACGCACUGCUUUAGUGAGUCGUGCAUCAAAUUCUGUUCAGUUUCGACAGCUCCAGCUGUAUAAACAUGAAAUGCAGCAUUUUGUGAAAGUUAUUCAAGGUUAUGUUGCUAAUCAGAUUCUUCAUGUUACAUGGUGUGAAUUUGGAAACAAACUGUCUUCUGUAGGCAACCUGGAAGAAAUUCACAGAACACACGCUGAAUACCUCAACAAAGCAAUCUUCAGGGGUCUGUUGACAGAGAAGGCAGCCCCUGUGAUGAACAUCAUACAUAGCAUCUUCAGCCUCAUUUUGAAGUUCCGCAGCCAGCUGAUCUCUCAGUCGUGGAGCUUCGAUGCAGGAAAGCAAAUGGCUGUUCAUCCCAACUUUGGUCUGAUGCAGCAGUCAUACAAUACCUUCAAGUAUUACUCCCACUUUUUAUUCAAAGGGUGUCCAAAAAUGGUGUCAAAGGACCAAAACCAGGUAUUUCAGGAUGAGUUAGAAUGGCUGCUUCCCAAUUCUACAGGAAGUCAGAACACCUCUGCAAGCCACCUAAGUCCAUACUACGAGAUCUAUGGUUGCUUCAUGGACAGAGAUUAAUAGACCAUUCCUGGUAACAAAGCUUGUAAAUCGAGGAUACCAGCCCCAUUUGGAGGACUUCCUACUGCGUAUCAACUUUAAUAACUACUACAAGGAUAACUGAACUCUACAGAGCAAAGACCACUGAUAGCAUGGUAAAACAGAAACAAAUAACCCUAUAUGCUCGUGAUUUAUAGAAGCUCAUGCAAAUGCCACGCAGGAGGCGUUUUCCUUCAGUAAAAUAACCCACCAUCUAAUAGCUUGAAGACUAUAACCACCACAUUCAGAGACUGAUGCUGCUUAAAAUCCACCAUGGCUACUGAAAUAAAUUAACAGAUGCUUUCUAAGACUUUUGAGAGAUGAAUGUGAGGUAGAAAUAUUCAGACAUAAAUACCUAAUUGAUGUGUUUUAUUUUAAAUUGAUAUUAAGUCUCAACCUAAACAUAACAGAUUUCUUCAAGGUGCAGUGGUAGUGCCUUGAGGCACCAGUCACAGUGGAAGAGGGCAGGAUGAAAACAGCUUGCAGUGAGGAGACCUGCAAGGAGAUUCAGUAUUUGACUGUUCAGGUACUUGGUCAUUACUGGAUCGCUUGAGCCAAACUUGGUCAGAAUAUUAGAGUCUUCUCAAAGUGGAGGCACAUAGAGAACAGCAAAAUGCUGAGAAGCUAAGCACUAGGAUAACUUAUAUCACACGUGAAUGCAUAUAUGCAAGAAAUCCCUUAGAAACUACAGUCAAAAUAGACAAAACACCCCACAUUUUUGCAAUAUAAAGCCAGUUUACACUGAAUAAUUCAGAGGUCUAAUUGGAAGUAGAUAUAGUUUUAAAAUUUAACAGGAUUUUAACAUUCAGAAAAAUUCUGCACGGAGCAGAAUACAGGUUUUUAGAGUUGUUUUUCUUUUGUUGUGUUUAUUUUAGCAUUGUUUUUCCUGCCUCUAGCCCUCAUCUAACACGAACAUGCUACUUCUGGAAAGACUUGCAAAGGCUGCGUAGUGGCCUGCAGUCUAGCCAACUUCUUAAACAGUAUUUACUGAGUGUUUUUCCACAUUGCACAAGGUGAGCAUUUACAUUCUUUUAACGGCAACGUGGGGGACUGGAAUGCACCACUCCGACUAGCUGUAAGAAGAUACUAGCAGGUGACAUAAACAAGAGUCAUCCUCCCUGCUUUAAAGUAUCAUUCAAUAUAAUGCAGCAUAUUGAAACUAACUCAUUAGUUAACUCUUUAUAUUCCAUACAUGCUUUAUUAGUCUAUUUGUCCUGUUUGGGUCAAAGAGUCUGAUUAGUCCCUCAUUUCCCUAUUUUGACUCACUUUCUGCAGCCGCAUUGGAAGACAUCUCUGAGAGACAUGACUAAACUGGACAAAGGAUAUAGACAUUUAUGUCUACACACAGUUUAACAUAAUUUCUCUUUUUCAGCUUUCUAUUAAGGGAUUGUUUCUUUUUGUUGUACAUUCAUGCCUCUCUAAUUGUGCUCCAUGUGCUAAAACCAGGUUGCAAAGCCUUCCGAGGGGCUGCAAGAAGCAGAUUUACACAAGAAGUGGCAUGUGUUGGGCACAUCUAAAGAGUGCAUAGCCCCGUCCAUUAACUUCACCUGGUACAGGGCACAAUUUCAAUCCUGUAAUUACCAAGUGGCUGUGCCAUUGUGCUACCCCCACAUGAACACUGCAGCUGCAGUAGCUAUUCCAAAGCCAGAAUAAAUAAUCUGUCUUUAAUGAAACAAUACUGACUAUAGUAACAGGUUUACUUUGAAAAAUGCAUGUCUAAAUAGGAAGCUGGGACAGUCAAGUAACCAGUGUGUAUUGCUUACAAAUAUGUAUGGCUUACAAAUUACCAUCUACACCUGUGCCACAAAUGACACCAGAAACAAGCUAAAUGAAUACAAUGCAGUUAGUACAAUUAUUGUGAUUUUCCAACAUUAAGGAGCGUGCAGAUGCUUUACAGUACAGAUAGAUACUGUCUCUAUUCCCACAAUGCUACAGGGGUAGCAGGUGGAUCUCUAACUUCUCUGUUUCACUGUAGGAAUCAUUACACACGUGAAUCUAUUUAUGGUGGUCAUAAAUUUUGUUUCCUUCCUUCGAAAGAAAAACCAACCAGGGAUGGGAAUCUGACUUUCUUCUUAAGUAAGAGAGUAAAUGUUAAAAGAGCUUUUUUAGCCGCAAUCAGAUACACAAGAAAAGAAAGAUACCUUUACCCGUGAAAUAAGACAGACUCGACAAGUGUGACAGCAUCCCGACUGGCAUCGUACCGUGCACAAACAACGGCAACGUGGAUGGUCUGUGGGAGAAAGAGAACAAAAAGAACAAAAAUUAAAGCUUGCUCCUGUGUUGCAUCGUUCAUUAAGGAGAGCACAUACGUGACAGUACUAUUAUUUAGUGUGGUGAUUGUUAAAGAUCCGAGUGGGUGUUUUGCAGCUGUUUGCAGCCCCCUUGAGGCAGUUUUUUUAAAAACAUCUUAAUUGAGUUAUAACACCAUCAUCCUUCCGAAGUCAUUACUAUCCCUAAAUUACAUCAGGUGUCUGAACAGAGUUGCAUUUAUUGGCUAAGAGCGUAUGUAUGUACUUGUGUACGUGCACACACACACAUUUAGCAGCACACAAAAUUCUGAGUAUGCAAACACACAGACACUUCAACCCUCUGAACUGAAGUUUAAGAUUAUGUCUGAUAAUUAGAAGCAGAUAUGCUUUAGAAAUUUUGCAUCAUUUCUGUCAGAAGGAUGGCUACUAAAGAGAAGGUGAGCAGCCUCUGAUGGAUGAGCAUGAGUAGGACAAUUGGUUUGCCAGGGCCUGGAUGAGUUUCAGUGAUAAGACGGGACACAAGCUGCACAGGCAGGUGGUCACUUCCUUGCUUAUCACUACCAGUAUGGGCCGUACCGGGCAGUGUUAAUGUCUUCACAUUAACUUCACAUUAAAUAAAGCCCCUCACUCCCCACCCCUGCACCUUGUAAAUUAUCACUUAUUCUAUACCUUCUUAUCUCCCUUUUAUUAUGAGGCAGAGGUUUACUCACCCCUUCAAGAGGAAAGAGAAAAUUGAAAAAGUGCUACCAGUCGUUAUUAUGAAGGUGGAAAGUAGUAAUUUGAAAAAUGCCAUUAAGUUAUUCUUGUCUGGUUUUAAAAUUAGCCACUGCUCUUCCCUGGGGACAAAAGAAAAUGAAUCUUAGCAAGUUUUGACUCCAGCUUCUAUAUUUUCCUGUUUCCCAGUGGUUACGGAAAUGAAGGAGAGUUCACCACGUGUUCAUGGCAGCACAAAGCUGCUGACUGGGGACACAGCUGUGAAACUGCAGGGAAGCCUCAUUUGGCUUCCAUUUGAAGCUUGGUUAGCUGGUUUCUCACACACACACCUCUCAUUUUCCACAGAAAGCCCACUACGCAGAGAACAAAUGAGGAAUUCUACCUCCUCACAUAGUGGUAGAUUCGCAAAGUCUGUUGUUACAGAAGCAGAUUUACACAAGAAGUGGCGUGUGUUGGGCACAUCUAAAGAGUCCAUUAACUUCACCUGGUACAGGGCACAAUUUCAAUCCUAUAAUUACCAAGUGGCUGUGCCAUUGUGCUACCCCCACAUGAACACUGCAGCUGCCUCCAGCCCUAGCGUGCCUCACUAGCUGAGGCACAAUGAAGAUGUGAGGUUUGAAGAGCACUUCCUUUAAUAAGGCAACUGCCUGUUCAGAGAGGUGUGAGAAAGAAAAGAUAUAGCAGUACAUUUUGGCAGCAUCUCUGUGAGGUGUUCAGCACUUUAAAUUUAUGAUGAAGUCAAUGGGAAUUGAACGUGCUCAACACUUAGCAAAAAAUUGUGUUUGUCUCUAGUAAUAACAAUAGGGGAGAAUAGAGGCUGCUUAUUAAUGACUUCUAUUGCAGCAGCGGUUUGUACCAUACUUACGGGCCUGGGUUCCUGUGAAUGCAGAUUCCUGACACCGCACACACUCUUUCCUCUCUGUUUGCCACCUGGUCUUUUUCAGGCUUCUGGAAGACCUCAGAACCUUUCCUUCAAUGCCAAUUAAAAUCAAAUUAACUGAGAA